UUUUUUAAUCAAGCGAAUGACGGAUUAUUACAAGAAAAAAAGGCACGAAAGUCUUUCUUCACCGCUCGAGACUGCAAAUUGUUCUUCUCGAUUGUGCUUCAUUUUUGUGAUCAAACAUCUUUUCUUCUUCUUUCUCCGAUUCAAAUAGAUUUGAAAUUCGUUUGCUUGACUAUUGAAGAAGAUGUGGGCGGCUUCUUGCCUUGCGUCUUGCUGUGCAGCCUGCGCCUGUGAUGCGUGCCGCACGGUGGUUUCUGGAAUAAGCAGGAGAUCCGCCAGGAUUGCUUAUUGUGGUCUCUUUGCUCUGUCUCUGAUUGUUUCAUGGAUUCUCCGUGAGGUUGCUGCUCCUCUCAUGGAGAAGUUGCCUUGGAUCAAUCACUUUCAUAAGACACCCAAUAGGGAAUGGUUUGAAACUGAUGCAGUGCUGCGUGUUAGCUUGGGAAAUUUUCUGUUCUUUACUAUUCUAGCUGUUCUAAUGGUUGGUGUAAAAAAUCAGAAGGAUCCUCGUGACAGUUUGCAUCAUGGUGGAUGGAUGAUGAAAAUUAUUUGUUGGUUCAUUUUGGUGAUCUUCACGUUUUUCGUUCCUAAUGAAAUCGUCAGCUUCUAUGAAUCAAUAUCAAAAUUUGGCUCAGGUUUGUUUCUUCUUGUUCAAGUUGUGCUCUUGUUGGAUUUUGUACAUGGAUGGAAUGACAAGUGGGUGGGAUAUGAUGAAAAAUUCUGGUAUGCUGCCCUACUUGUUGUCUCGCUUGUGUGCUAUUUGGCGACAUUUGUCUUCUCAGGAUUUCUCUUCCAUUGGUUUACACCAUCUGGACAGGACUGUGGAUUAAACACUUUCUUUAUUGUCAUGACCCUAAUUUUCGUGUUUGUUUUUGCCAUUGUCGCACUUCACCCUGCUGUAAGUGGUAGCAUUUUGCCAGCAUCUGUAAUAUCCUUUUACUGCAUGUACCUGUGCUACAGUGGGCUUGCCAGUGAACCAAGAGAAUACGAGUGCAAUGGUCUUCACAAACAUUCAAAAGCUGUUUCUACUGGCACCCUUACCAUUGGCCUGCUCACAACUGUUCUAUCAGUUGUCUAUUCAGCUGUACGUGCUGGGUCCUCUACUACCCUUCUUUCCCCACCGAGCUCACCCCGUGCAGGGAAACCUUUGCUGCCAUUGGACAAGACCGAAGCAGAGCAUGAUGAGAAGGAGAAAUCUAAACCUGUCGCAUAUUCUUAUGCCUUCUUCCAUAUCAUCUUCUCUCUUGCUAGCAUGUAUUCGGCUAUGCUUUUGACUGGGUGGUCAACAUCAGUUGGGGGAAGUGGAAAGCUAGUUGAUGUGGGGUGGGCAUCUGUAUGGGUACGGAUUGUUACAGGCUGGGCAACUGCAGGUCUCUACGUUUGGUCUCUGGUUGCUCCUAUUAUGUUCCCGGACAGGGAGUUCUAAGUCUCCUCUGGGUGAUACAAGAUAUUAUUCAGGGGGUUCAAGUUAUUGUGUAUAUGUGAUGAUGUAAUGACGAGUUCUAGAGUUACUUGUAGAACGGAAUCUCUAUGAAUGAUGUCUAUAACGUCAAGAAAACAAGUCUUUAUUCCUUUCAUGAAUCACGAAAUGGAGUGGGGAAAUUUGCCCAGCGGUGUGUUUAGACCAGAUCACAAACAUUGGAAUGUAAACUGUCAUUAGCUUCGUAAUCAUGUAAAAUCUUAUUGAAAAGAACAAUAAACCUUAUAUUUGGCACCA